GAAGCAAAGGGCGCCAUCUUUGUAUUUUUUAUUAUGACUUCUCAAGAGGUAAUCAAAGAGCAUCCUUUUGUGGAUAUAUUUGAUGAAGAUGAAACUGAAAAAAAUUUUUUAUUGUCCAAACCUGCUUGCUUUGUUGUAUUUGGAAAACCAGGCGUUGGGAAAACAGCAUUAGCUCGUCAAAUAGCACAGGCAUGGAAAUGUAUUCGUGUUGAAGCUUUACUGGUUUUGGAAGAACAUAUUGCUGCUGAAACCAAAUCAGGAAUUAUGUUGCAGUCAAUGCUGACCAGAGGUCAAAGCAUUCCGGAUGAACUUGUCACAAAGCUAAUGCUGGAGAAGCUCAACUCCCCUGAAGUCUCUCACUUUGGUUACAUUAUCACUGAAGUGCCAUCACUUUCACAGGACGCCAUGACUACUUUGCAGCAAAUAGAAUUAAUUAAAAACUUAAAUUUGAAACCUGAUAUUAUCAUCAAUAUUAAGUGCCCUGACUACAAUUUAUGCCAAAGAAUUUCUGGGCAAAGACAACAUAGCAGUACAGGAUACAUAUACACCAGAGACCAGUGGGAUCCUGAAGUCAUUGAGAGUCGUAGGAAAAAGAAGAAAGAAGCCCAAAAAGACGGGAAAGGAGAAGAGGAGGGAGAAGAGGAAGAAGAACAGGAAGAGGAAGAGGCGUUUAUUGCCGAAAUGCAGAUGGUGGCUGAGAUUCUUCAUCAUCUGGUUCAGAGGCCUGAGGAUUAUUUGGAAAAUAUUGAAAGCGUUAUUAAACUUUAUAAGGAAACAAUUCUCAAAUCUUUAGAGGAAGUAAUGGCUGAACACAAUCCCCAGUAUCUUAUCGAGCUGGAUGGAAAUAAACCCCCGGAAGAGCUCUUCCUGAUAGUUAUGGAUCGACUUAAAUAUCUGAACUUAAGAAGAGCAGCUGUUAUAACCAAACUUCAGAGUGCGGAGGAAGAAGUUAAUGAUACAACGGAAAAUGAUGAACUGUUACGUACCCUUGCAUCUUAUAAACUUCUCGCACCAAGAUAUAGGUGGCAGAGAAGCAAAUGGGGACAGAUAUGCCCUGUGAGUUUAAAAGAAGGAAACAUUUAUUCAGGAUCACCAGAUUUUUCUGUGAGUUUUCUAGGUAAAAUAUACUGUCUUUCAUCCGAAGAAGCAUUAAAACCAUUUUUAUUGAACCCACGUCCCUACCUGCUCCCACCCAUGCCAGCUCCACCAUGUAAAGUAUUCAUAUUUGGACCUCCGUAUUCAGGGAAAACAACACUUAGCAACUUGCUUGCAGAAAACUACAAAGGAAAGGUAGUUGACUAUGCCAAAUUUGUUCAGCCACGUUUUGAUAAAGCACGUGAAACUUUAAUAGAAAAUAAUAUUGCUGAGGCCACUGAAGCAGCUAUUAAAGCUGUGAGAGAAAAACUUCUCAUAGAACUACAGGCUAAAAAACAAGCAGAGAUAGCUUUAAGAGAAUUUCAAAGACAAUAUGAAAAGAAGAAGUCUGAAGACUUCCCAAAGGACAUGUAUAAAAGCUCAGAGGACACACGCUCUUCAACUAGUGAAAACGUGUCCGCCCAAGGCUCCCAAAGAGACAACUCAUUAGUAGACACUGAAGAAACCAAAACAAAAUCAGGAAGUAUCCUCUCUGAUCAAGCUGCUAAAGAUGAUGGAAAAGAAACCAGUGAAACAUCCACAUUCAAAAGAAGGGCUCAAGACACAAGUCAAGAUCUGAAGGUACAUUCAGACACAGUCUCAAUAGAAGACACAAUAGAAGAGGUGACUGCCAAUCAUCCAGAGGUUCUGUCCAUGAUUGAAGAGGCUGUAAAAACGAGAAAAGACAUGAACUUUGAGCAGCCAUAUGAAAAACAUGCUGAAAUCUUAGAGGAAGUCCUCAGAGAGGUGACGGAAGAAAACAAGAAGAGGUUUUCUGGUGCCACUAAAUAUGGAGGAUGGAUUGUGGAUAACUGCCCUAUUGUAAAAGAAUUGUGGGUAGUCUUAAUCGAAAAAGGAUUGGUACCUGAUCUGGUCAUCUGCUUAUCAGAUACAGAAAGCAGUGGGAAAUAUUUAUUUCAUAAAAUAUAUUUAGAGAAUAAAUCUGAAAUUGAUGCUAAGAUUUUACAAAGAUUAUUGAAUGAACUACAGAAUAAAAAAAAAGAGGAAGAAGCAGCAAGAAAAGCCGCAGAAGAGGCAUUGAGACAAGAAGAAGAAAAUAAAAGACGGCUGGAAGCUAUGGACGUGAAAAGAAAAGCAGCCGAAGAGACUGAUAAUGAGACUGAAGAGGAGCUUGAAGGUGAGGAGGCUGAAGUUCACGAAGAGUCUGAGGCACCAGAGGUACCCAAGGAGACCAGAGGGUCAUUAUUGGCCGGCGGAUACCAAACGAAUGAGGUCCCUGAUGCAGAACUUGAGUCAGCAUCUGAGCCUGUCAAAGGUACUACAGUUAAAACAGAAACCUCAGCCGGGCUCGAGACCUCAAAAGGAUCCAAAGAGGGCCUGGAAGCUGAAGAAUUACCUGAAACAGUUAUAUUACCUGACUUUCCAGAAGACUCUUAUCCUGAUGUUCCUGAAAUGGAGCCAUUUAAAGAGAAGAUUAAUUCUUUUAGCGUCAUCUGGAAACAGCUGGAAACAACACUUAAUGAGGCUUUCAUUCAGAUUUUAAAUUUGGAGAUUGCUAACAGAACUCCAGAGGAACUACUUCAAAAAGUAGUUGAGACUAUGGAAAAACCUUUUCAGUAUACUGCAUUGGAAUUAACUGUAGAAGAUUAUGAUGAAGAAACAGAAGACUAUCAGGCCGAGGCAGAAGUGGACGAGGAGCUUGACGAAGAGGAAGAGGAGGAGGAAGAGGCAUGGUUCUUUUAUUACUACUCAUUCACAUUUGGCAAGUCAUUAAACAUGUAUACAUCCAGAGUGGGAACCACCGCUUUUGGACCCCAAGUGAACACACAGGCAUUCUCGAUUUUAUAA